CGGGCUCCUCCCCCCUCAUAAAGGCGUCGGGCUCGUCACCCCCGAAAAGUUUUCACCUUUCCUCCCUCCCCACCCCGUCUCCAUUCGCUAUGCUGGCCGCCCCCACCGCGCCUCUCCAUCACUCCCCCGACGCCAUGAGCCUGUAGCCCAGCAGCGGUCGCCAAAGAAGCCGCCAUGGGCAGGUCCAGAGGCGGCAAGGGCGCCGGCGACUCGAAGUCGUUCCCGUCGCCGGCGUCGUCCUCGGCGUCGUCGUCGGAGUUCGAGUUCACGGUCACGCUGUCGCCGGCGUCCAAGCAGCGGUCGGCGGCGCAGCUGUGCCCCGCCGACGAGCUCUUCUACAAGGGCCAGCUCCUGCCGCUGCAGCUGUCGCCGCGCAUCUCCAUGGUGCGCACGCUGCUGCUGUCCUCGGCGUCCACGUCCUCCGCCUCCGACUCCACAUCCACGUCCAACUCGUCCCGCGACUCCAACGGCAGCACCUCCUCGUCCUUCUCCGCCGACUGCGCCGCGCUCCUGCUCCCGGACUCCGCGGCAUCAUCGUCCCGCCCCAGCUCCGCCACCGAGGACGACCGGCACCUGCACCCGCUCUCCGCCGCCGCCUCGUUCGCCGGCCUGCCGCCGGCCAAGCGCACCGGGAAGCAGUACCUCUCGUCCUUCGCCACCCGCUUCUCCUCCGUCUUCCACCGCGGCGGCGCUCCGGCCGCCAAGAAGCAGCCGUCCAAGUCGCUCGCCAAGGAGGUGAUCAAGAAGUACGCCAAGAAGGUGAAGCCGCUGUACGAGAAGCUCUCCCAGAUCCCCAAGAACCAGAACAACGUCAACGUCAACGUUAACGGCGCCAGCGCCGGCGCCAACAACCAGCCGCAGCAGGGGUUCAAGAAGCCGUUCACCUUCUCCAUCCGCAAGAAGCGGGCCGACGACGACCACGCCGUCGUCGCGGCCGCGGCAGCGGUGGACGCCGACGUCGUUAGCGGCAAGUACGCGCACUCCAACUCCUUCUCCGGGAACCUCCGGUUCCCGCGACAGAAGCGGUGCGCGGCGAGCUGCCCGUCGUCGAUGCGGUCGUCGCCGAGCCACUCGGGCCUGCUCACCUUCGGCGGGGCCGGCGGCGCUGGCUUCCCCGACGUGCCGGCCGCCGCGGCCGCGGCCGUGGCGGGCGGCAUUGGCGUCGGACCGGUUUCACUGUCCACGGCGUCGUCGAUGGAGGAGCUCCAGAGCGCCAUCGAGGGCGCCAUCGCGCACUGCAAGAACACGAUGGGUGGCGCCGUUUCGGUGUGCCCGCGCAAGGCGGCGACCGGCGACGAGAUCUGCGCGUUCUGAGCGCGGGCGCGCUAGGAUUCGGGCAGGGAGCUAAGUAAUGCCGUUUAAUCGUUAGCAGUACUUAUCUGUUAAUUUUCAUUUCAUUCGUCUCCUUCUGGUAAGACUCUAUGAUAAUGGUGGUAAAUAAGAGUAGUUCGAAGGGUUAAAAUGAUAAUCGGAGCCUUUGAAUCUCACCUUUUCCUGGGUUCGGAAUUUGCAUUGGUGCCCUCCAAAUUUAAGCUCUAACUGCAUCUACCCCACCCAGCAUGAGAAGAUAUUUAAUUUCUAUGGUCAACCUUAAUUGAUAAUAAUGCUAUAUAAAUUCACAGAAGACCCUCAAACUUGAAGGGUUGAUAUGCAUGAAAACUUCUGCUAUGAAAUGAGUGCAUCUGAAAGAUUGUGGAUGGGGUUGUGGCCUGCAAUUUCCUAGUUUCAUUUGCCUCCUUAGAAACCACAAAAGCAGUUGGUGUGAGGAUAUUUCACUCUAAAUAUUUUAGGGCAAAAGUGGAGUAUAAAGUUCCCAACUUGAUGGAGGGUGUUGAUGCAAAUUUCUGUUCCUGGAGAAGGGUUGCCAAAGCUCCCUAGUUCAUUAGGUUGAGAUUUUUGGACUCUGAUGUGGCCGUACGUCUGAGCUAGUGGUGUCAAUUUUCUGUUGUGAUUUUGUCCCGAGACAAGUGUUUAAUAUUAAGCUAAUCCUAAUAUAGUUUGGCUUUUUAAUCUGUACUUGCAUGAUUGCUUCAAAAAGUUCUCGUUGUCUGCUCC